AUGAGGUUCUCACGAAGCACGGCUUUGGCUGCUGCUGCCACCGGUCUCUACAUCGGCGCCGCUUCCGCCGUCACAGCACCAUUCUGUCCUACCGACGGCGUUUGCUUCGAAUGGGGAGUCCCUGAGGCCUCGGCCAAGGCGGGAUCCGGCGACAUCUACUUCCAGCUCAAAGCUCCCACAUCUUGGCAAUGGAUCGGACUCGGUAUUGGUACUCAGAUGGAUCACUCACAGAUGUUCAUCAUGUACCAGGACGGCAAUGGAAACGUUACGCUCAGCACGAGGCCGGGUGCCAACCACGUCAUGCCCACUUACAAAGCCAGAAACGACGUCACGCUCCUGGCCGGUUCUGGUGUGGUUGACGGCAACAUGGUUGCCAAUGUGAAGUGCGGCAAUUGCACCAAUCUUGACCUGACGGGCCAGUCGAACUGGAUUUCGGCAUGGAAGUCGGGAGAUGCCUUGGAUUCGACGAACCCGGCGGCCAUUAUCACACAACACGAUAGCAUGACCCAGUUUCACGUCAACUUGGGCCAAGCUAGCAUCAGCUCCAACGCGAACCCCUUUGUCGGCUCCAGCAGUGACAACAGCAGCGGCGGAAGCUCCGGCGGAAGCUCUGGCAGCUCUGGUGAUGGCAACGGCGAUAGUGAUGGUGAUGGUGAUGGUGGCGCUGUAUCAGGUGUCACCACCAGCUCGACGAACCAGACUCUGGCCAGUGCCCACGGCAUCCUCAUGUCGGUCAUCUUCGUUAUCAUGUAUCCGCUCGGCGCUGCCUUGAUGCCUCUGAUCGGCAAGUGGUAUAUUCAUGCAUCUUGGCAGACUAUUGCUUUCCUGGGAAUGUGGGCUGGACUUGGACUUGGUGUCACCAUCGCCAGAAACCAGAACGUGUUCUUUGACCAAGCUCACUCUCGCUUGGGAAUAAUCCUCGUUCCCCUCAUCAGCCUGCAGCCCCUCUUUGGCUUGAUUCACCACAUCAACUAUCUCAAGACGCAGAAGCGUGGCUUCUUUGGCCACCUUCACUGCUGGUAUGGACGCGCGCUCAUGAUCAUUGGCAUUGUCAACGGCGGUCUCGGUUUACAGCUCGGCAACGCCCCUACACGUUACAUCAUUGCCUACUCGGUCGUGGCAGGCGUUACUACGCUGAUUUACCUGGCUUCAAUUGCUCUUGGCUGGAGCCGAGCGACCAGGAAAGAGCACCAGUCGAAGCAGGAGUAUGCAUCGGUGGCGCAAGCCUCGUAA